UCUCCAUCCUCCCAUUGUCUUGCACUCCGAGGAAAAAAAAGAUGGCCAUGAUUGCAGAUGCCUUUGUCUCCAAAUUGUGUGAGGUUUUAUUAACCUCCGCAAUAGAAGAGGCCGCCAAGAUCUUGGGUGUGCCCGACGAAAUCAAGAAGCUCCACAGGAGGCUGAAGAGGAUGCAAGAUGUUCUCUCUGAUGCAGAGGAUCGACGCUUCGACAGCCAGGCCAUCAAUCGUUGGCUGAAUGAGCUGCGAGAUCUCAUGUACGAUGCAGAAGAUAUCAUCGAUGAAUGCUGGAUCGAGGGUGAGAAACAUCUCAGCUCAAAGUCAUCCUCAUCUCCUCGUGUUGAGUCGGUACGUUGUUGCUUUCCUCCUAUUGCUUGCUUGCACAAAGUUAGAUUCCAUCAUGAGAUUGGAAAUAGAAUUAGAGAUCUCAACCAUAGGCUUGAUGAACUUGCCAAGGACAAAGCUGAGCUCAAUCUUACACCUGCUUCUCAUCGUGACCGCUAUAAGAGUACUAGAACAAGAUACGGGACAUCCCCUGUUGUUGAGCCUGAAGUUGUGGGCGAGAAUAUUGAGACUGACACGAGGAUUUUGGCUGACCUGUUGAUUAAGGAACACAAAAAAAAAAUUCCAAUCUUUGCUAUUGUUGGCAUGGGUGGGAUAGGCAAAACUACUCUUGCUCAGAAGAUUUACAAUGAUGAGAAGCUUCGGGAUAACUUCAACCAAAUGCCACGGAUUUGGUUGUGCGUGUCCCAAGAUUUCUCCGAGUCCGAAUUGCUGAAAUCUAUCAUAAAGCAAGCUGGAGGUGAUCCUGGAGAGACCAAGGAGAAGGAAGUGCUUGAACCCAUGCUUUGCCAAGUCAUCAUGAACAAGAAAUUCUUUUUAGUCUUGGAUGAUGUUUGGGAUGCUCAAGUAUGGGAUGAGCUAUUGAGGAAGCCCUUGCAGAAUGGUUUGGCAGAUAGUAGAAUUUUGAUAACAACUAGAAAUAUAAACAUUGCUAAACAAAUGGGUGCAAUAUACAAUCAUAUGGUGGAGAAGUUGUCUCGAGAAGAUGGUUGGUCACUAAUUUGCAAGAUGGUGUUCGAGGAAGGGGAUGAACAAGAUAUGCAUGACUUGAGUGAUACAGGGAUGAAAAUUGUAGAGAAAUGCGAUGGCCUUCCACUUGCUCUUAGGACUGUUGGCGGGGUUCUUCGAACCAAGGCCAAAAGGCAAUCGGAAUGGUUACAGGUCCUUCAUAGCCCAGCAUGGUCUUUUGCAAAGCUUCCAGAUGGGAUGAUGGGUGCUUUAUACUUGAGCUAUCAAGAUUUACCACCUCCUCUCAAGCAGUGCUUCACUUGCCUUUCAUUAUUUCCUGAGGACUACCUAAUUACUAGAGAUCCUUUCGUCAAUAGUUGUAUGGCAGAGGGCUUUGUAACAUCAGAAGGCAGUAUGCCCUUGCAUGAUGUGGUAGAAGGGUAUUGGAGGGAGUUGGUGCAAAGGAAUCUUCUACAGCCAGAUCCUAGUUGGUAUGAUGAACAAGGUUGUAGGAUGCAUGACCUCUUGCGAUCUCUAGCACAGCAUAUAGCACAGGAUGAGUGCUUCGUCGGAGAUGCACAAGCCUUUGAAAGAAAGAUCGGGGCGUCAUCAUCAUCAUCGAUAAAACUACGCCGUUUAUCAAUUGUAGAUGAAAAAUUAGAAACCAUACCUGACUUGAUAAAGGAACAGACAUCCUUGAGGACCUUGUUAUUAAUCCGUAGCCCACUUAUUCAUGAUCUUCCAGAGGAUCUCUUCAGAAAGCUGAGGAGUCUAAGGGUUCUAGACUUAAGUAAAACAACCAUUAACAAUGUACCGACUUCCUUGGGAGAUCUUGUACAUCUUAGAUACCUUGAUCUCCAUGCGACUCCAAUAAGAGAGAUACCGGAGAGUAUAGCGAAUCUUAAAAAUCUCCAAUUUCUGACGCUUCAUAAUUGUAAAUAUUUGCACAGCCUCCCUAGUGGCAUCCUCGGGUUAAUCAGUCUAAGGAGGCUGGUUGUUCGGGAUACACCAAUUGAUGGUCUGCCUAUGGGAAUAGGGAGACUGCAAAAACUACAUUCAAUUUGGGGAUUUGUGGUGAAUGAUAGCGAGGGCCGCAGGUCUGGAGCAGGAGAUGAUAGAAAGCAGGAGCACCAGGGACAGCAACAAGGGAGGUUCUGCACCUUGGAAGAGUUGAAAUCCCUCUCCCAACUCAAGUAUCUUAGCAUAUACAAGUUGGAGAGGGUGUCAAACAGGGCUGAAGCAAGAGCUGCUGCACUUCAAGCCAAGCCCCAUCUUGUCGAACUAGAAAUGCAUUGCACCUUAUCAAGCAGCUCUUCUGAUGUGCAGCAGCCUGGUGCAAAUGAUUACGGGAAGGAAGAAAUCAAGAGAAUAGAGGAGGUCUUCGAGGAGCUCCACCCCCCACCAUGCCUUGAAGUGCUCGGCAUUAGUGGUUACUUCGGCCAUGAGUUUCCCGGCUGGAUGAUGACACCCUCCCCGUCAUCACUUCGCAACCUCGAAGGCUGGAUCUGACGAAUUGUGCCCUA